CAACCAAAAUGCUCCCAAAUUUAUUACGAUCACAAAUUAAAAUUUUAUUGAGCAAUCAAUGCAAAAAAUGAUUUCAUACCAAAUAUGAAAAUGCCUCUCUAUAAAUAUUCCAUUUCCACAACCAGCAUUAUCACAAUUCACAACAAGGCAUAAUAACAAUGGGCUCUCAUUACUGGACAAUAAUAGCUUUUGUUAGUAUUAUUUUUGCUCUUAGUAGGAAUUCAUUUGUUCUUGCCUAUGACCCAAGCCCUCUCCAAGACUUCUGUGUUGCUGACCCCAAAGCUACAGUGUUGGUCAACGGGAGGGCAUGCAAAGACCCGAAACUCGUAACGGCGGACGAUUUCUCGACAUCGGGCUUGAAUGCAUCCCAAUUCCCGGCGGCGUUUCCGGGUUCGUGGUACAGUGCAGCCAGCGUGAACACGAUACCGGGACUAAACACGUUGGGGCUGACCAUGGUCAGGAACGACUACUUGCCCGGGACCGUGAUCCCGCCCCACAUCCACUCCCGGGCAACCGAGCUGGCCCUAGUUUUGAAGGGCACUUUCAACUUGGGGUUCGCGGCCGUGGACCCGAAGGACCCUACGAAGAACGUGGUGUUCUCGAAAACGUGCAACGCCGGGGACGUGUUUGUGGUGCCACAAGGGUUGGUUCACUUUGGGGAGAGUUUGGGGGUUGAGAAUGGGACUACCAUUACGGUUUUCAAUAGCCAGAGCCCGGGGUUCAACUUUGUGGCGGACCAGCUCUUUGGGAAAGAAACGGCGGCGUUUAUCUCUGAGGAUUUUUUGGCAAAAUCUUUCCGGGUGGAUAACAAAGUGAUUGAAGAAAUUAGGUCCAAAUUCUAAUGAUCUAUUGGAAUUCAAGAAGAAAGAAUUUUACAUGCAAUGUUGUUAUUUUGGAAUUUUUUAUCAUUUGACUUUAUUUAAUAUGAAAUACUCCCUCCGUCCCUCAUAGAUCUUCCCAAUAGCCCUUUUUCUAUGUCCACAAUAGAUCUUCUCAUUUCAUUUUUUAACAAUUAAAAUACCACAAUUACCCCACUUACUUUAUUUAUUACACCUCACCCACCUCAUUUAAUACACUUCACUCAUUUUUCAUUAAGGGUAUUAUGGUAAAAUUUCACCUUUUUUCAACCCUCCUUAAAAACCACCAAAAGUCAAAAUGAGAACAUCUUAGGGGGACGGAGGGAAUAAUAUUUAACCAUUAAU